UAAAAAUAAAUGAGGGGAUAUCGAAACAUUUUAAGCUCAGUACAAACGGAUACAAAUCUAGUACAAAUGAUAGAAUUCUUUCAUUUUUCCCAAAGCAAUCACCUAUCUUCUUACGGAUUCGGGCAUAACCUGUUUGGGAGUAUUCGAAUUAUUUGUUAUUUUUAUUUUGUUAUCGUUUUGUGGUUAACUUAGAGUGGAUUACGAAAGAGGAAUUGAUUGAGAAACUAUGGGAGAUUGGGAUGAUUUGGAGGAAGAUGUUGUCAUUGAAGGUAGUGAUCUAUACAACGUCCUGAAACAAAUAGGAUCUCCAGAAUUCGAGUGCACACCCGUGAUUAGAUCAGGAUUCCCGGAUAAUUGGGAAGAAUCUGAUUUCAAAAUUCAAGAUACACCUAAAUCUUAUAGAUUUUCGAAUUUUUACCAAUGCAUCAAAAAUUUUAUUUCUUUCAAUGAAGAUAGAAAUAAACAAAAAUCUCGUGGAUUAAAAGAAUUGGAGAUAAUUCUCCAAUUGGAGCCACUUCUGGAUGACCAUUCUUCGUGGAUUCAAAAUAUCCUGAAAGACCAGUUGGAUUUAAAGAUUGACAACAAACCUCCAUUUUUGCUCUGGAUCCUCUCAGGAUCAUUGCUCUUAACAACUUCCUUCCUCUCCCCAAGGCUGACGAUCCCCGGACUGAUCACAGCAGCGUCCCUGUCAACCCUGACGGUCUACCAAAAAUACUCACAAAGAUGCAGUCUCCAACGUCUCAGAAACCUCGUGUCAACCCAGAACAGACUCUUCCACCUUCAGAGGAGAUCCUUGAAGAUCCUCCGGACUGGAUAUGGCAUGAUACUGGACUCCAAUCGACCUAGAAGAAAAUUUUCAGAUUUGGAGGUGAAUAGACUGAAGUACUUGCAGCCAAUCUGCGAGAAAUUAUACAGAUGCAUCGAGCAAUGUUCCAGAGCAUUCUACAGAGCCUCGCACUCAUUAUUUCCUCUGCUGCCAUCACCACGGGACUCGAAAGAUUUAAUAAACAAUUUCGAGGAGGAUUUUUUGAAAAUUCAGGGGGAAAUAACAUACAAAAAACUGGAGAGAUUCUACUACACGUGCAUUCUCGCACAGUCAGACAUGAUGAAUUUGUUAUCAAUAGCCUUCAAGGAUGGCUCAAGAAGUUGUGUAACGCAGUUGAAGAUAUCUGUGAUUGUCGGGAACCUCCAGAGGACGUUGAUGGUUCAUGAGAGAGCCUUGAGUUCCUUGAUGGAAGAUUAUUCGUCCUCGAAAACCGUCUCGAUUCCCAGGAGGGAUAAAAAAGUCGGUAAUGCGAAGUUCAGAGAUCUGUAUGUCCACGUGGACCUACUAUCCAGGAAGCUCCAGACCGCCUAUUCAACAGUAUCGUCAAUUCUAGAGGACAUCGAUAAUGUAUCACGUGCAGGUGGAAAUAGUGAUUCCCUGGUCUCGAUGAUGAAUGAAGCUUAUAAGCAGAUUGAUACAGCUAGGGAUUUCGCUGAGUUUAAUAUUCUGGUGAUGAAGAAGCUGCAGAGUGGUGAAAUCGGACAACGGGCUCCUUGUCGUGAUGACCCCGAGGAGACCAUCCAGAGGAAGGAUCUGCCGGUGGUUUUUGAUACUGAUCCUCAGGUAAUGGACGAGUGCUUCGAGGAGUAUAUCAGGGAAGAGUAUUUGAAACCGCUGUGUGAGGAUGAUGAUGUUUCCUUGGAGAGGGCUAAGAUGGAUCAGCUGCUGGAGAGGAACUUUAUGAGGGAGUUGAAAGGGGUUUUGGUGGAGAAGUACAGGAGCAUGUCUGAGAGGGAAGCCAGGGCGUUACUGAGGUAUCGAAAGGGGAGUUGCGGUGAGGAUCGGGAAAGCCUGAGGAUCCCUGUACCACCUCCAUUACCUGUCAGGGAAGAUCAGUCAACGGAGUAUGGGAGAAAGCAUCGGCGCCCUGUUCCCUUGCCCAGGAGGAGCACUAGGGCAGCAGAUGUGGGCGAGAAUGACGGAAAAGAGGAAAGUGAGGAGAGGGAGAGGUUCUCCAUCAAAAUGGCUUUCGAGGGGAAGAUACCUGCUUUUACUUGUGAUGAGGAGACGUUUGUUGGGAGUGGAGAAAAUUCGGAAGAGGAACUCGCUGGUAGUGGCUGUGAAGAGGAUGAAGUUAUUGGUGUAUGAAGUGGCAGCUGUUGAUGUACAUAAUUUUGGAGGAAUAUUUUUUUUUUAUUCCACCCAAAAACUCGAUUUCUAUAAACGUAUUUUCCUAGGGUACAUUGAACAAUAUAAAAGAAUAUAAAUCCAAAAUAAAAAAUUAUACUUUACCGCUCA